GCCUUCGUUCCUCGAUCAAACUUCUUCGUAGAGGCCUUCAAGACCCCAAUCACUUGCGCAAAAUGGAUUCUUCCUCGCCAGCCGUCUCGCUUUCCGCAGGUGAUGAUGAGUCUGUCAACUUAUCUACCACCCAGUCAGCCAUGCGCAUCGCACUUUCACACUGCUUUCGCUGUAUCAAUCUCAUUGCUCAAUUCGGAGACGCUAAUAAGAUUGAGUGCAAAGACUUUGUGCACUCUGUUUGGCGGUCCAAUUGUGGGUAUUGCCACCACCAGAAGCUCACAUGUGGAGUGAUGCCGGAUCAGUUUUACGAUCAGUCUAAAGAACUCAUCGAGGUUCAUGAUCGUUUCUGGGCUGUGCCUUCUCGCCAGACACCAGCCCUCAAGGCAGACCUCGUCAAGCUUAUGACCUCAUUCAGGUCCAGGACGCCUGCUGUUUCUGCCAUCAAUCGCUUAGUGCGUAGCGAACGUGGAAAGAAACGCGUGAAUGGCCACAUCCGCGCCAUGGAAGGCACUCGUGGGCCCACGGUUACCUCUAGUGAACAAAUCGAUCCUCCGACUGCGGCGCCCGAUGACAAGGCUGUAUUGCGAAGUGUAGUCGCGGUCUUGACCGAGAAUACAUCGACCCUCCGCGAGGUAGUUUCUCAGCUUAAGAUGAUAAGUGAUCGACAGAAGCAAACACCGGCUGGUAGCUUACCGACGUCUUUUCGAAGUCCAGUGCGGGCUGGCCUUCAUGGCAUGACUCCUAUUUCAGUCACUUCUGCUCAUGCAUCCCCCCGGACUGAUACCCAAUCGACUGAGACUGUCGAAAUGCCUGUUCCAAUGCGCCUUUCUUCUCCUGCCACAUUGCUACCUAGUCGCUUGCUCCCGCAGCCCUGCUUCCGGCCCCUCGUAGCUUCUCAAUCCUUCAGCUUCGGUUCUUCUGCAUCCAUGCUAUCAGAGCCUGUCGGUUCCCAGCAGGGGGAUCUGUCGAAUUCCCCAGAUCAUAUUCGUCGUCGCCAGUUGCAUUCGCCUGAGUCCAGGACAGCCACUCCAAGGAACGGCACGCCUUCGUCUUGCCAUUCCAAUCCAGGUGGGGGAUCACCGUUCACGACACAAGAUACGGCAUCAGCGGUCCAACAUCCGAGUAACUCCUCCGCCGGAGAUCUAGUGACAAACCGCAAGAACGAUCACACUGGCACUCUUCCCAUGCUUCGAAACUUGGGGUCUCUUUCAGCCUUCGAGCAUUCAGUCACAUUGCCACCACUGGAAUAUCUCAUGGCCCCCUCACACUCUGUGCCAUCACCAGGGCGCCCAACUUGCCUGCCGGACGUUGCUGACCAGAGUGAAAGCCCUGUGUCGAUGGGUCCCGUCAAUAUGAGCGAUUCCAACGUCGAAGACCACUCGAUGCCACUCCCAACUCCGUCACUUCCAGCUUCAUAUCUCCCUCAGCAUGAGUCUUCCAUCACGCGCUCAGAAACUGCGGUUAACCGAUGUCGGUCUCCCUCGAUGGAGGCGCAAAGAUCAACAGUCAGCCCGCUGACUUCUGGUUCCAUCACGAGCUCAUUGCAAUUGCCACGAGGACUCAAGGACAUCACUGGACAAAAGUUUCGCUCCCCUCUCAGCACGGUCAGCAUCGAAAACGUUCUUCCCCCUAACACAAAGCGAUUGCGGCGCCCUCCUACCCGGCAUGUCCUGGGCAGCCGAGUUGAGACCCUUCCUAGGUCACUGAAUUUUACACCGGCCCGUUGGAAGCAGCCAGUUUCAGACUGCAUUCACGUCUCUUCGUCCAGAGCUUCCCCCCCAGCUAUUAGACGUGUCCGCCGACGAACGCGCUUGAGAGAUUGAUCAUGUCGCUCUUCUGGGCAUUGUAUAGUGUGGCAUCUUUAUUGAAGUUUCAAAUUAGCUAAAUCGCGUGUUGCCCUAGC